CCGGUAGCGAAAUAAGUACGAUUUCUGUAUUGGGUUAAAGAUUUAAUUGUUUCCUCAAGUGUUAUUCGUGUUAUCUAUCAUUGAAGAUGGAUUGCUUUCUCGACGCCCAUUAUUUUUCAUUGCCUACUCAGGGUAAUAUAUACUCUGUAGUCAACUUGGAACAAAGCAAUGGGAAGAACAAAACACUUGUUGCUACCCUCAAACGAAAGAUUUAUUCUUGUGAGUUUUUUGAAGAGAAUAAUAUUCUCUUGCCUGUUAUAAAAGAAGUCCCUUUCACAUAUAUUCCCACUGGUGCAGAAAUAAUUUCUAUAGAUGCAUUCAAUAGAUCAAAAACUCGUGACGACUUUUUUAUUGGAAUCACUAUUAUCAAGGUAAAUGGUGAUCAGAGCACUGAAACCUACUUAAAUAUUUAUACAGAGCAAGAUGUUGAAGAAAAAGGAGAGUUGAACCUCGAUUGUUUAGCUCAAAAUUGCUUAAUGCUUGAAUUAACAUUUAUUCCUUAUCAGCUAUAUCACACAAGCCUGUUUAAUCAAGACAAAAUUGAAGAGGCAGUUUGGUUGUUAUCUGGGAGCGAUUUAAAGAUGCAUUUAUUUAGAGAAGAUCCUCAAAAUCACACAUAUUCUGAAAUCGAGGCAGAAGAGUUAUUUCCUGAAUUUGGGAGGUUACCAAGUAUUGUAUUCUGGUUAGAUAUAAAACAUACUUGUGAUAAAGAAAGGCGCAUAACAGCUUAUGGAUGUGAAUGUGGCUUAGUAAAAAUAUUCAUGUUUGACAUCAUAAAAAAUAUUUUAGUGUUAACUAUAUCACAGCAAUUUGAUGCUCCAAUAUCACAAAUAUCUCUGUUUAAAGUAAAAAAUGAACCUAUUCAUUUUAAAUCAUCUAUGGUAGGAAAUUUAAGAGAAAAGAGUGCUUUGCUAGAAGUUAGAGAGAGUCACUGCUUUAACCUUCUUGUUGUCAAUACAUUACAACCAUCUGUAAUUUUUAUGGAUGUCAUUAAUCAAAAAUUCGACAAAAGGUUAAUACUUCCAGAUAGUGAUAAGCAUGAUAUAGCUCUGUGUGCCUGCAUAGCAGAUGUUAACAUGGACUCAAAAUCAGAAAUUUUAAUAGGAACUUUUGCAAAAGAAUUAUUGAUCUAUACGUAUACCAAUGGAAUUUGGAUGUUACGUGGUCAACAUAAAUUUUCCCAUUCAAUACAUUCCAUCAACUAUAUUGAUAUCACUGGAGAUGGUGUUAAAGAGCUUGUUGUUGUAACGAUGUUGGGUGUACAAAUUUUUCAGCACAAUCUGUUAGCUGUUAUGGACAUUAUUAAAGAAAGAUUGAGGCGCAUUACGAUGAUCUAAAAGAUGAAUUUGUUAAUAUAGUGUUGUUCAAAUUGUGUUAUGUUUAUUUUAUGUUGGUUUAAAAAUUAUUUAAGAGUAAAAAACGUAAUCUAAUCUUGACAUCUUUGUAUAAAAUUAAAUUUAUUUGUAAUAAUAUCUUGGAAUCCUAAUGAAACUGUUUACUAAAUUUACUAUUCUUUUAGAUUUUUAAAAAAUGACAAGUGUUCAUACACAUCAGCCACAUUUGCCUGAUUUUAAAAAAGAAUUAAAUACUGCUAGGAAUAAUUUAUUAAGAAAAAAAUCAGGGUUUAUUAUAUCUGAGGAUUUUUUUUCUAAGUAAGUUGGACGAUAAAAAAUUAAAAAUAAAUGUGUUACUAGAGUUAUUGAAUUAUUUACAGUUUUCAGUGCAAUCAAUUCAAUUGCAGAUACAUAUUAAGGGUUCAUAUUAGAAUAAUAUACUUGAAAUCUAGUCAUAUCCUAUUUAAAAAUGUACUAAAUAAUUUAGUUAAUGGUAUUCCUAUAGUCAGAAGUGAGGAGUAGUUUUACUGUAUCCUCUUGAUUGAAAGUAGGUAUCAAUAAGUAUUGAAGAUCUCAUGUGUUCAUUACAUUAAGUCCCAAAACAUGUUUAAGGGUGGCCAGCUUUUCCUGAGCUGAGUGUUUAUGCUACACUUAGUUGCAUGUUUAUGCUAAAAAAUAAAUUUAUACCAACCCGUGUGGGAAUUGAACUUGAAUUUUAUAUAUAU